CUCAAUUUACAACCACAACCACCAGACUCAGGAGUAUUAACAGUGGAUUAACUUGGGAACCCUAUCUCUUGUUGUGGGAUGGCUGUUGAAAAUAUCACCCUGGACUCUGAAAACUCUCCAAACCAGAGCAGCUGUGAUGUGUUUGUCUACCAAAGAGCUGCAGUGGUCCUCUUCCCUAUAUUCUACUCUGUGGUUUUUAUCAUCAGUGCGUUUGGCAACAGCCUGGUUCUCUAUGUAAUCUGCCAGAGGAAGCAGAAGUUCAACUCCACCUCCAUCUAUCUGGUCAACUUGGCGCUAUCCGAUACCCUGUUCACACUGGCGCUGCCUGGCAGAAUUAUUUACUACAUCCGCCACUAUGACUGGCCCUUUGGUGACCUUCUCUGCAGACUGACUACACUUCUCUUCUUUGCAAAUACCUAUGCAGGUAUUGGCUUCAUGACCUGUAUCAGUCUGGACCGAUACCUGGCCAUGGUGCAUCCACACCGACUGCAGUGUUUGCGGAGUGUGAGGGUGGUUCGCAGGGUUUGCUGUCUAGUCUGGGUUCUAGUAUCCCUGCAGAUAGCUCCUCUGCUAUUCCGCAGCAUGCUGCAUAAGCACCAGGACAGACAAACCUGUAUGGAGUACUUCAACUUUGAGGGCUCCAACUUCACCCCUUAUCUCCUGCUUCUCGCCUGUGCCAUCUCCUUCUGCUGUCCGCUCAUCAUCAUCAUGGGCUGCUACGCAAAGAUCAACCUGAAGCUGCGAGCUGCGGCCAAACAGAACUCUAUAACUGGUCGAUCAAGGAGGAAUCACAGGGCCAACACAAUUAUUCUCCUCAUUCUCCUCACAUUCUUCAUAUGCUUCAGCCCUUACCACCUCAACGUUAUGCAGUUUAUGUCCAGAAAGAUACACCAUCAGCCAACCUGCGAGGAACUGAGGGCGUUUAAGGUGUCCUUACAGAUUACCGUUUCACUAAUGAACUUCAACUGCUGCUUGGAUCCAGUCAUCUACUUCUUUGCCAUUAAGACCUACAAGAAGCGGGUGCUGAGCCUGUUUAAGGACUAUCUGUACACUUCUGGUGCCUCCUCCAAAAUGACAGCUGAGAACAGCAGCAGCAACACCUGAAAAAAACCACAGCUGAGCUGUGCCAUAUGCCUCUGUGUCACAAAGAAGACCUAGUUUACUCUGUGUUGAUGCUCUUUGUAUAUAUCUUUCACUUAAAAUACUAUGGCAACUCUGCAUGUACAUAUGCUGUAGAUGUCCAUUAUAAUGCAAGAAAGAUCCUUUUUGCUUUCCAGCUGCCCCAAAAAAUCUCCUCAGCUUUGUUCAAGUGAUGAGCUGAGCUGAUUUGUUUGAGAAGGCUGUAUGAAAUGUAUUGUCCCAUAUCCAAUUUUCUUUCUACAUGAUAUUUUUGCCUUUUUUACGUCUUGCAGUAACGGUUGUGUCAUACAGAAACCUAUUUUAACCAAUCAUUAAUGCGUUUCUGUGUACUAGAGGACUCGUUUGUUUGUGUAAAUGUGCAGGGUGACAUAUAUUUCCUAACCUAGAUAAAUAAGCUAUGCUUUUGUUUUUUUCAACUAUGUAAGAAAUGUUGUGGUCAUUAAUGCAGCACAACAGCAAGUUUCACUUCCUUAUGUUUUUGCCAAUUCAAGUCAUGUGGCAGAAAUUGUGUGUGUGUGUAAGUUGAUGGAAUUAGUUUAUCAUUGGACGCUGGUGCAUAUAAAUCUGUAAUGUGUGCUUUCCUACUAACAAAAUCAUUAUUUUACGUUAUUCAAGUACCUUUGAUAUGUUUAAACGAGAACAUGGCACAUAUAUCUCUUUCACACCCACAUCUGAGUUCUGUGUGGGAGUGAGUAGAUGAGUACCAUCACCACUUCCUCACCCACCUUUCCUGCUUCCUUUCAGAGGCCUCAUUCCUUCUGGGUCCCAUAUCUUGCGGUGUGUGUGUGUGUGUGUGUGUGUGUGUGUGUGUGUGUGUGUGUGUGUGUGUGUGUGUGUGUGUGUGUGUGUGUGUGUGUGUCUUCGAAUUUAAGCAGGUGCACAUUGUCUGUUUAUAGUGCAGAGUCGCAUAUUUAAAUUUAACCUUCAACAUUUCCUGGGUUUUUGAAAAAGCUGCCCUAUGAUUUUGCAUAGAAAGUGAGGUGCACAAAUUGAGUCACAAAGCGCUCAACUGACUGACUGACUGUUUGACUGUUUCGCAAUUAUUAUGAAAUGAUUUAUUUGUCAAGAAGGAGAGAAAUAGAUAGUAAUGUGCAUUAUAUGACUGGUGAAAUAACAGCAUUCUCUAAUCUGAGAAUGCAUAGUGGAUGGUAAGUGCUGAUGAGAUUUACUUACUAAGUAAACUUAAGAGACCCCUGAAUGACUUGCUUAAUGACUUAAUGACAUCUUAAAAUAAAAUCUGGUUUUGAUAUGGAUCCAGUGGCAUCAGAAAAAGAUUGAUAAUUUGUGCUCAAUUGCAAGACAUUGCAAUAACCGAGUCCAGAUGAUACAUUUGUAUGAAUAAGGGUUCGACAAAUUGACAAAAAACUGACAAUGUGUAUGUCUGCUUUUUUAAGCAGGUAAUCUGAAAGAUAAUCUGGAAAAUGGAAACAAAAAACAAUGGACCUAACAAAGUCAAGUAUACAAUUUGAGAUGGCAUUGUUGUAAAUGACUCUGUUCUACCCAGUAAAUAUGAACUGAACCUCU